AUGAAGCGUGGGGAGAUCCGCGAGGCACGUGGUAUCGAGGGUAGCGGCAUGGGAGACUACUGUGCUUCGUUCUGGUGUCUUUGCUGUGCGCUGAUCCAGCAGGAAAAGGAGGUCAACUCUCGACAGGUUGCAGGCUGCGAGACUGCUGGUUAUCAGCCUAUGAAGGAUUGCAUGCAUAUGCCUUGA